AUUCCUUUUUUGGUCGUCCUGCACAACAAAAAACACGCCCACUUUCACAUCAUGCGCCGUCUGACGUGAAUAAAACCUGCGUGCAUCUGUGCAUUAGAAGUUUAGCUGAAUAGACUGAAGAUUACACCUGAUCUUACAGCUUUCUUACAAUGAUUGACCUCCCGUGUCUGUCCGUGACCUGGACCCUGGUGGUUCUGGUCAUAACUCUCCUGUUUAUUUAUGGUGUUUGGCCACAUGGAUUUUUCAAUAAACUGGGAAUUCCAGGACCAAGACCAUGGCCUUUCGUUGGCACAUUUCUCGCAUACACUAAAGGUUUUUACAAUUUUGAUAUGGAGUGUGCUAAGAAGUAUGGAAAAGUUUGGGGGAUUUAUGAUGGAAGACUCCCACAACUAAUGAUCACUGACCUGGAAAUGAUCAAAACGGUUAUGGUGAAAGAAUGUUAUUCUACCUUCACUAACAGAAGGGAGAUGAGUGCAGACUUGGCUGGCCCCUUUGCUGAUGGAAUAACUAUAACUAAAGAUGAGCAAUGGAAGAGAAUCCGUGGUACACUCUCUCCGUAUUUCACAAGUGGGCGACUGAAGGAGAUAUUUCCUAUAGCUGUGACGCAUGCAGAUCGUUUUAUUAAAAAUAUGCAAAAGCGAGACCACGAGCAGCCAGUGAAAAUAAAAGAAGUGUUCGCUCCAUACAGUUUGGAUGUCGUCGCCAGCUCCUCCUUUAGCGUUGACAUUGACUCCAUAAACAAUCCAGAUGAUCCUUUUGUUACUAACAUCAAGAAGUUUUUCCAGAUCAGUCUAUUAAGUCCUCUUAUUCUGAUUCAAACAUUUUUUCCCUUCGUUGCUAAUCUUUUGGGAAAAAUGGGUAUACGUCUUUUUUCAAGUUCGUCAAUGGAUUUUUUCUACAGUUCCCUAAAAAAGAUUAAGGACGAGCACAGCAAGAAAUCAGAUGGUCGGGUAGAUUUUCUCAAGCUCAUGAUCCAGAGUCAAAUAUCUGAAGAUCAAGCUAAGGACACCACAAGUGACCAACCAGUAAAAGGACUAACAGACCAUGAGAUUCUCUCCCAGUCCCUCACUUUCAUCCUUGGAGGUUAUGAGACUACAAGCACCACUCUCACUUUCUUCCUCUAUAAUAUUGCGACUAAUCCAGACUGCCUGGAAAAGCUGGUUGGGGAGAUUGACACAAACUUCCCUCCUGAUUCUCCCAUUACAUAUGAUGCAUUGAUGAAAAUGGAUUACUUGGAAAUGGCCAUCAACGAAUCAAUGCGUCUCUUUCCCACUGCCCCACGCUUAGAUAGGCUCUGUAAGAAGACCGUGGAGAUCAAUGGGGUGACGAUACCAAAAGGCACUCUGGUUGGAAUUCCUACAUAUGUUUUAUGUCGUGACCCGCAGCUCUGGGAUUCUCCUGAUGAGUUCAGACCAGAGAGGUUCAGCCCAGAGAGUAAAUCCGAGGUUAACCAGUAUGCUUUCAUGCCUUUUGGACUCGGGCCUCGAAAUUGCAUUGGAAUGAGAUUUGCCGUAAUGAUCAUGAAACUUCUUAUUGUGAAGCUUCUUCUGAACUUCACUGUGGAAACAUGUAAAGAGACACAGAUCCCUCUAGAGCUGAAUGUUAUGUUUCAGCCGAAGGUUCCCAUCACACUGAAGUUUAUACCAAGAUCUCACAAAGAAAAAUAAUCAUUAAAAAGCAGAAUGUUUCAGUAUAAUUCUGUAUAACAUUUUAUACAAAGUUAUAUAGCACUAGAAAAACUGCAUACAGAAUUGUUUUAAUUUAAAUAUCAUACAUACAUUUGCUGCCAAUGUUUAAUAUUAACCUUUUUACCACCUUUUGGAUUUAUGGGGGUGUUCAUGAUUUGCUGAGCCUUAAGCUCUUCCUGAUUCAUUCAUGUUUUACACAGUUUGGAAUGGGGGGGAAAAUCAUUAUUAAAAAUGAAUUAUUGUAUGCAUUUAAUUAUAUAACAAAUUAUAUGCAAUCACUAAAGCAAAAAUCUGAUAGGGAGUUUAGUUUUUAGGACAGAAUUUACAACAACAAAAAAAGUUUAAACUGGAUGUUAGAAACCAGCAUACAAAGCCACAGCUAGAUGCAUUUAAGUAGACUUUAGAUAUGACAAUUCUUCUGUGUGUCAAUAAGCCCUGAUCUCCUAUUUAAUAUUGUGUAAUUAUGCUUAUGAUCAUAUGUGAUAUGGUAACCACACAAAUUGACAACAAUUGAUUUGGACUUUAUAUAUAUUUUAGAUGUAUUGUAUAAAAAAACUAUAUAAAUUAAGAUGACUUGAUUGCCUCAUUUUAAAUAGGUUCUGUUAGUAGAAACCAUAAAAACUAUAUGGUUUAUAGUAAUCAUAAAACUGGCUACAUGUGUGAUGUAAAAUAUGGUAAUUCUGUCAACACUGUACAUUUUCUGUGUCACUAAUGGCUGUUAUGCAACGAUCGUAUCAAUUUUACUAAAAUAUGAUGCUGAGCAUACACACACCUGGAGUGCCCUCUGUACAUAGAAUUCACCAGUAGUGAUGAAGUCUGAGUCGUGCACAAUUGAGAGAGUUUCCUUGUCAAAAAUCAAUAUUUGAUUUGUUUAAUAGCCCACGAAACUCUCAUAUCCAAACUGGCAAUAUCAUACCAUGUUGAGCGAGAGGUGUCUAUUUGUAGGUGAACACCUCUUAUGUUUUUAAACAAUCCCUGGAUACAGAAACUAAUAUUCGCAGUCUAGCAGCCUGUUUUGUCCCACUACUUAUGAUGACCUUCUCAUUUUCUUCAGUUGGUGUCACUGUAAACAGUGUCAAUGUUAUUGUGUGCAUUAGAAUGUUUUAUGUAGGUGCACUCGCCGAUAUCAAACUUGAAAAUGUCAAUGCAACCAAUUUUAUAAGCUUUAUUUUGUGUUACAGUUUUGUUUUAUAUUAGGGAUAAACGUUGCCUAAUCGUGCACCCUCAUUCAGAUUUACUAAAUAUGAAGUCUUGUGGUCAUUGUGUUUAGUUGCAUUUAUCCAAAAAUAGGCAACGUUGUUUACAAGCAGUAGGAGUCAUUAACUUCUUUAUUUUAAA